AUGCUGCGACAAUAUACUCGUAUGCCUCGGGUAUCAGGGGCGGCAGCCUCAUCACUGCGCCCGCAUCUUGCCCCCAGCGGCGGCCGCCGGUCAUGUCGCCGUCCUUUCACUCAAAAACCACCCCUUCUGAUUCUCUCCCCGCAACGAGGCCGACCUCAACUGUCUUUCCUUUCUCCGUCACCUAUCAGUCGAGCUCUUCCUCCACUAUCUAUCCAUCUUCAACAGCACUUUGCAAGACUCGUAUCCACCGAAAGCCGCGGCCACUUGAAACAACGCAUGUCCCGUGUGCUGCGACUUAGCUUGUCACUCGGCGCCAUUCUUGUCUUUUACGAGAUGAUUAAAAUAGGGGUGUACCAGGAGGAACUAGAGCACAGAUGGCCAACGCCGCCGGAAUGGACAUGGAAAAGUCGCUGGUGCCUGCGGUCCGCUGAGGCGUGGCAGCACCCUGAGGAGAUUGGAAGGUUGAUGAGCGAUUGGCCGAUGGUCGCAGGUUUCUGCCGGGAGUUGAUAAUGCGGUUGGAAGAUCCAGAAGGUGAAGGGAAAGGGCUUGUCGAGCUAGAGGAAGGUGGAAUUCUUAUCGAGGGUAUCGGAAAGACUGGAUUCGAUAUAUCAGCCAAGAGUGAGCCGUGGAGACGGGGUUACUUCCAAGCUCUUUUGGGCGCUGCGAAGGCCGCAGAAAACCUCGAAGGCUGGCUGACAGACCGAAAGCAACGCAUCUCAGCAUCAGCAGAGUACUUCGUUGGUCCUUCAAACCCCCGUCCCAAGCCUGUGCCAGCUGGCUCGAAGACACCCCGUGAGGAGGACGCUGAGCCGGCCUCGCCAAGUCCGGAGGUGUUCUACAUGAAGAUUCUGACUACUCGUGGCUUUGACACGAGACAGAAACUCGAUGCUGCUCUAUCGUAUGCAGAUUGGCUAGAUUACAAGGGGCUUCAAGACACCGCGGCUGAUAUGUAUACCUGGGCGAUGGACAUUGCUGCGUCCGGCUCCCCAGUCGAUGCCGAGAAAGUGGUAGAUCUGAAAACUGGUGUCGUCAAAGAUGGCAACCAAGCUGCGCCUUCGGAAAACAUCCUCCGGGUAUCUACCGCUCUCGCAGUCCACCACGCCCGACACGGAAACCUACCAACAUCCCUAUCCAUUUUCACCUCCGUCCUGAAAGCCCGUCGUGCCGCCUUGCCACCUCCCCCAGGCACCGUGCUUCCUACUCCUCCAUAUGUACGAAAACCAACAAGCGAUCCCUUCACUUCUUUCUUCAACACCCUCAAAACCAUAUUCAUUACCGCUGAAUUCCCGCCGGCCCCGUUGUCUGGAAACGACCCUCCUUUCAAAACAGCAACAUCUCCCUGCGAUGAAGCGGGCCUAAUGACAUACAUCGGCGAAAUCAUUUACGCCUCGUCCUCCAAAGAAAAAGGUCUAGCAUGGACCCGCGACGCAGUCGACCUCGCCGAAACCACUUUCCCUGAAACCGACACAAGCAAUCCAAACAACCGCUGCGCCGAAUGCCUCCGCGUCAGUCUAGGAAAUUGGAAGACAAUGGUCUCACAACUUCUCGAAAAUGCCAAGAAAGACGAAGAAGAAUCCGUUGAAAAGGCCCAGAGCGGAUCCUCUUGGUUCCGUGGCCCCUCGAAGAAACAAAUCGAGGCAAAGACGAAUGAGAGGAAUAGAUGGGAAGCUGAGCAGUUUAUCUUAGACGGCCGGAUCAGAAAACUGCAGCCGAUUACUGAGAUGGAGUCUGCCUUGAGUGGUAUUGUACCGGGUGUUGGGUUGUUUGUAUAG